CAAGACCACAUUGCCAUUGCCAUUCCACACCCACCUCUCCCAUCAAUUACGCCAGAACUAAUUCCAAACUCUCGAGACAUCCACCACACAGCUUCAAAAUGGCACAAUUUUUCCAGCAGCCCCCCCAACCCAACACCUCUCCCUACGGCGCAUCAGCAUCCUCCGCGCAAAACCUCCAGUUCUACCCAUCUUCAUACACGCCUGGUCCGGUGUCAGGACACGCCACGCCGUCGCAAGCUGCAUAUGGGUAUGGUGCGCCGGCGGGUAGUCCUGGGUAUGGAGUCCCUGGCGGCGGGGGAGGGUACGGUGCUGGAUUUGGGGCGCCGCCUGGUGUGAGUGGGAGGAUGGGGGAGCAGGGUGGGUUGAGGACGGGGUGGUUGGCUGCGUUUGGGACGGAGGGGUAUGAUGGGGAGCCACCGUUGUUGGUAGAGCUUGGAGUGAAUUUUGGGCAUAUUAGAGGGAAGACCCUCGCAGUCCUCAACCCCCUCGCACACAUCGACCAGCACAUAAUGGACGACUCCGACCUCGCCGGCCCCAUCCUCUUCUUCCUCCUCUUCGGCACCUUCCUCCUCUUCUCCGGCAAAGUCCACUUCGGCUACAUCUACGGCCUCGCCCUCCUAGGCUCCUGCUCCCUCCACACCAUCCUCUCCCUCAUGUCUCCCCCCUCCGAACCCACCACCCCUUCCCCAGGCCGCCAAUCCUCCUCACACCUGUCCUCCAGCCUGACAUUCCCGCGCUCGGCCUCCGUCCUGGGAUACUGUUUAUUACCCCUCGUGUUGACUAGUAUGAUUGGGGUGCUUUUGCCGAUGGAUGGCAUGUUGGGGUAUGUUUUGACGAGUAUGGCGGUGGGGUGGUGCACGUAUAGUUCUAGUGGGAUGUUUUGCGUGGUGGGGAGGAUGAGGGGCAUGAGGGGGUUGGUGGCGUAUCCGUUGGCGUUGUUUUAUGUUGGCUUUGGGAUUAUGGGUAUUUUUUCGAGUAGGGGGAGUAAGGGACUUGGUGGUAAGGUUGCGGGCCUGUGAUGGGUAGGAGGGGAGAGCUUAUGAUUGAGCAGAAUGUAUGAUCGACUGGUUUUUUGGUGAAGGCUUGCAUGGUUUGCGGAAAGUGAAAUGCGGCAUGGCAUGGAUGGAGACUCGCUUGUGUAUUGUAGACAUGGGCUUGAGCGUGGAUAGAUAUGCAUAAGCAAUUGACUUGCAGAUGUCCAUA